AUGGCGGAUAUAGAUGUGGAAAAGGUACUCUCGGAGUUGACACUAGAGGAAAAGGUCUCUCUUACCGCUGGCAGAGACUUCUGGCAUACAGUUCCUAUUCCUCGACUUGGCGUUCCAGCUAUACGUACAUCCGACGGACCCAACGGUGUCCGGGGUACUCGUUUCUUCAAUGGCACACCAGCAGGAUGUCUUCCAUGUGCGACGGCGCUUGGAGCAACCUUUGACGUUGAUUUGCUCCGCUCAAUUGGCAGAUUCUUGGGGCAAGAGGCCAAGGCCAAGGGUGCACAUGUUCUACUGGCACCCACAAUCAACAUUCAACGUUCCCCGCUCGGAGGUCGUGGCUAUGAAUCAUUUUCCGAGGAUCCUUUUCUAUCGGGAACACUGGCCGGCGAGUACUGUAAGGGAGUACACGAAGAAAAAAUUAUUACGACGCCGAAACACUUUGUUUGCAAUGAUCAAGAGCAUGAACGGUUGGCAGUAGAUAGUAUCGUUACCGAUAGGGCACUGCGGGAAAUUUACCUUAUGCCUUUCAUGCUGGCUAUCAAAAAUGCCAGACCUAAGGCUGUCAUGACUGCUUAUAACAAAGUCAAUGGGACACAUGCUGCUGAAAACCCCAAGGUUCUUGACAUACUACGGAAAGACUGGGGCUGGGAAGGGCUGCUGAUGAGUGACUGGUAUGGCACCUAUAGCACCUCGGAAGGCAUCAACGCUGGCUUGGAUCUCGAAAUGCCGGGACCUACGCAAUGGCGUGGUGCCGCGCUCAGCCACGCCGUGACCUCCAACAAAGUACGGCAACAUGUGCUGGAUGAAAGGGCGCGCGCAGUGCUGAAGACAAUUAAAGAAGCUGCCAAGUCUGGCGUCGUCGAGGAUGCGAAAGAGGGCGGGCUGAACAGACCUGAAGACCAGAGAUUCCUACGGCGUGUCGCCGCUGAGUCUAUUGUGCUGCUCAAGAACGAAACUUCAAUUCUUCCGUUUGACAAGAGCAAGACUGUAGCUGUCAUCGGUCCGAACGCCAAAGUCGCCACCUAUUCUGGAGGCGGCAGUGCGUCCCUGCUGCCAUACUAUACAGUGACCCCUUUUGACGGAGUCUCGAGUCAAUGCGGGUCCGUACGCUUCUCACAGGGUGCCUACAGCCACAAAGAGCUUCCCUUGCUUGGAAAAUCGCUGCGGACCUCAGAUGGCAGACCCGGCUUUGACUUCCGAGCGUACGACAAACCGGUCAACGCUGCGGAUCGAAAGCUGCUCGAUACGUUGCACCUCACUGAUUCAUACAUGUUCGUGAUGGACUACAAGGUCCCGAAUUACACCAGCUCGACCUAUUAUGUCGAUGUCGAGGGUGUUUUUACACCCGAAGAAGAAGGUACCUAUGAGUUCGGCUUGACCGUGCAAGGCACCGGCCAGCUUUUCAUUGAUGGAAAACUGAUCGUAGACAAUGUACACGAUCAGCGCCCUGGCACCGCUUUCUUCGGUUCCGGCACCGUUGAAGAGAUCGGAUCGAUGGCCCUCGAGGCUGGAAAAUCGUACAAGGUCCGCGUCGAAUUUGGUACCGCUCCCACGGCAAAGUCUUCGAGUCGAGCAACAGUCUCCUUCGGAGCCGGCGGCCUCCGCGUGGGCGGAUGCAAGCGUAUAGAUCCGGAAAAAGCAAUCGUCGACGCUGUCAAGCUGGCCUCUGAGGUUGAACAAGUGGUCGUCUUUGCUGGUCUGAAUAGUGAUUGGGAGGGCGAAGGUUCCGAUAGACCUGAUAUGGACUUACCGCCUUACAGUGACGAACUCAUCAGCAAAGUCCUCGACGCAAACCCAAAGGCUGCGAUCGUUCUCCAAAGCGGCACGCCGGUGACCAUGCCUUGGGUUGACAAAGCCUGCGCUCUGGUGCAGGCUUGGUAUGGCGGCAACGAGACCGGUAAUGCCAUUGCUGAUGUCUUGUUCGGGGAUGUCAAUCCUUCCGGCAAGCUAUCCCUAUCCUUUCCUCACCGCCUCGAAGACAACCCCGCCUUCCUCAACUACCGCUCCGAACGCGGCCGUGUCCUAUAUGGCGAAGACAUCUACGUCGGCUAUCGCUUCUAUGACAAAGUCAAACGUCCGGCCCUCUUUCCCUUCGGCCAUGGCCUCUCGUAUACCGAUUUCGACCUCUCAGAUCUGAAUGUCUCCGCGACCACCUCGACCAUCAGUGUCAGAGUAAAUGUCUCAAAUUCCGGCUCUCGAGCCGGGGCGGAGGUGGUGCAAGUGUAUGUGAGGGCUCAGGCACCUAGUAUCAACCGGCCGCCCAAGGAGCUGAAGGGUUUCAAGAAGGUGUUCUUGGAGGCGGAGGAAACGAGGGAGGUGCAGGUGGAAAUGGAGAAGAAAUACGCGAUCAGCUUCUGGGACGAGGGGAGGGAUGCGUGGAUCGUGGAGGAGGGGGAGUAUGGGGUUUUGGUUGGGACUAGUAGCCAAGGCCGAUUCUUAGAGGGAAGAUUAGAGGAGGGCCAAACAUGGUGGUGGACUGGGCUCUGA